UGCAGCAUGCCGUUUCCCAUAGAUGGUAGAGUGGAGGAAGCAGAGUAACUGACUUUAAAAUUACCUUCUAGAAAGCAGUGGUAGAUGUAAGCUGUGUUUGUUGUUGUUGGCUAAAACUAUAAGACGGUUUCUUCUAAAAUGUGAGGUGUUUAGAGGUGACGCUGGCGUUAUGGUGCUGAAAUGUUCCGGGUGGGUAUGAUUUUUGCUGUUUUAGCAGCAGUCAGCUUCACACCUGUGCAUGUCCAGGAGUUCUGCCAAAGCACAAACUCAGACUGCCCCAGUCAUGACAAAAAUCCUUCAGACACCUUCAGAUCCAGGUGGAACAUCAGUGUUUUAAACCUCAUAGAAGACCUGGACCAAUUUAGAGUUUCCUGCAAGAAACUCAUAGAAUCAUUUCCAAUGGAUGAGGUUGAUGGCAACUUUGUUCGCACUGUAAAGAACUGCAUAUUCUCCAAAUCCAUUCCAACCCCUCUGAGAGGCCCUUUAAGAUUGGCAGCAGUUUCCAAGGAUGUCAUUGAAGGCAUCUUGGAUUUGGAUGUGGCUGUUACUCAGUCUGAAGACUUCCUGAAUUAUGCCAGCGGUGGUCGUCUGCUGCCGGGAUCUGUCCCACUGGCGCACAGAUAUGGAGGACAUCAGUUUGGUUACUGGGCGGGUCAGCUUGGUGACGGCCGAGCACAUUACCUUGGUCAGUAUACAAACAGGAAAGGAGAAGUUUGGGAACUGCAGCUGAAAGGCUCUGGGAAAACUCCAUAUUCAAGAUCAGGAGACGGUCGAGCUGUGAUCCGUUCUUCUGUACGAGAGUUCCUGUGCAGUGAAGCCAUGCAUUCUCUGGGUAUUCCAACAAGCAGAGCUGCAAGUCUUAUUGUGAGUGAUGAGCCGGUGUUCAGGGAUCAAUUCUACAACGGCAAUGUGAGGACAGAGAGAGGAGCGGUCGUUCUCCGUUUAGCCAAGUCUUGGUUUCGGAUUGGAUCGUUGGAAAUCUUAGCUCAAAGUGGAGAGGUAGAUCUCCUGAGACAGCUGUUGGACUUUGUGAUUGAUAAACAUUUCACUCCAAUCAGUUUAGAUGACCCAGAUAAAUAUUUGGUGUUUUUUUCUACAGUUGUAAAUGAAACCGCUCACCUGAUAGCACAGUGGAUGUCAGUUGGUUUUGCACAUGGUGUUUGCAACACAGACAACUUCAGUCUCCUCUCCAUCACCAUCGACUAUGGACCGUUUGGCUUCAUGGAGUCGUAUAACCCCAAUUUUAUCCCAAACUCGUCUGACGAUGAGGGCAGAUACAGAAUUGGAGCUCAAGCUAACAUUGGACUGUUCAACCUGGAGAAGCUGCUGAUGGCUCUCAGUCCUGUGCUUUCUAAAAAACAACAGAAAGAGGCCAAUAUUAUUCUUAAAGGAUACGGUGACGUGUACCAGCUAAGGAUUCAUCAGCUGUUUAAAGCUAAACUGGGCCUUCUGGGUGAAGAUGAGGAUGAUGGCUACCUUAUUGCUUUCCUGCUGAGGAUGAUGGAAGAGACUCAGUCAGACUUUACCAUGACGUUCAGGCAGCUCAGCGAAGUUUCAGACCUGCAGCUUCACAGCAGAGACUUCACACAGAUGUGGGCUCUUGAAGACUUGUCAUCCCAUGAGCUCUUCUCUGAUUGGCUCAGCAUCUACCUGCUGCGGCUCAGCAGACAACAAAAUGACGGUGACGUGGAUCGACAAAACAAGAUGAAAAAUGUGAACCCUCGAUAUGUGCUGAGGAACUGGAUGGCUGAGUCUGCUAUAAGGAAAGCAGAGAGCAGUGAUUUUUCAGAGGUGGAGCUGCUGCACCACAUCCUGUCCUCUCCCUUUGUUACACAAGAGACUGCAGAGGAGGCGGGCUAUGCAGCGAGACCGCCACAGUGGGCGAGAAUGUUAAAGGUCAGCUGCUCCUCUUGAGUGACUCCUGGAUGGAGACAAACACCAAAAAGAAUGGAUUUUAAACCUUCCUGAGUGUGUUUGGUCAUUUCUUUUUUCAACUCUUUUGAUGCUGGUGGAAUAAUAUCUGUUUAGGAAUGUCAAGGUCACAGCCUCAGUGCCAUGUGUUGAUACAGCAAACAAAUGAGAUUUGAUAGAAUUUGUUGCCACAGAACCAUUGAAUUUAUCUCUGCACACACAAAAAAGUAAAUCUUCUAUCUUGUUUUUCCACAUCAACAACAAAAUAAACACAAAGUUGCUGCCAAGAGCUUCUUUCUCUUUACUUUUAA